AUGGCUCUGAUCAACCCCCAGACCGCCUCCGCCUCAGCAGACACCAAACAGUCUUCCACUCAGCAGCUAUCCAUCAGAAGGGGAGAUGGUGGGGUCUAUGGGAAGUUUAAGGAGGGCUGGCUCCGAGGCCUCUCUCUACGGACGGGCAAAGUGGGCAUCCUCCCUGGCAACUACGUCACACCUGUCCUCAGAACUUCUGCCAGGCUCUUGGAUUCCAAGGCAGUGACAGCAGGCCCUGGCACAGUCUCUGGAAGAAGAACCUCCUCGUCCUCCAAAACGCCAGCGGUGGUUCUAGCUCUCGACAGGGUCAACUCAGAUGGCACUAGUUACUCUACUGGACAACGGGUACCGCAGCAGUCUGUUUCCAUGGCCACGCAGCCUAUGAUAUCAACAGGCGGCGCCACCAGACAAUCCCUGCAUGGGGUGAGCUCGGAGGGAUGGGACACAGUGAGGAGGGUCUUCCAUCGUUCACAGAGAGGCUCAUCUCAGCGGGGAAAACACUACCCCCACACCACCAUCUCAUCCAGCUCAGCCCUUCAAUCCCAGACAAACAGUCAGAGCUCAUCCCAGAGCUCGUCCCAAUGCAGUAACCACUACCCCCACACUACCACUGCCACCUCAGGCCUUCAGCCCCAUUCUCAGUCCCAAUCCCACAGCCAGAACUUUAGCCACAUCCGGGGCCCUGGCUUCUCCCCUGCUCUGCUCAGGAAGAAACAACACAUGAGCAUCCUGCCCAAUCACUACAGAUCUCUGGCCUGGAUGUCUGAAGGUCAAGUGCCCCCUGGUGGUAGAUCUAUGAAGGACAGGGACACGGCUGCCAGAGAGGUGUUUGAUAGGCAGGUGUUGGAGACGAGGCAGGUGUUGGAGACGAGGCAAGCAGCAUCGAAUGGUCAGCACUCCAUACACUCUAUCCUAGUGAGACCAGACGCCCUCAAGAACAACACAGAGAAGCCCACCAAGUCAGUGCGGUUCCUGACCCAGCCUGAUUCCCCUCCACCACAGCCCAGGACCACCUCCCUGCCCUCGGGUCGCCAGCCUCCCUCCAGUACCCGGCCUGGUCCCCCUCCCCUGGAGGUCUGGGCUCCAUCACUCACACUGGGGCGAGAUGGGCCUGGGAUCAUACUGAAAGAAGGCAAGGCUCCUGUUCUCAGGAAAGGUCUGGAGACAAACCCCUCAGAUGUUCUGACAUCCAAUCAGAAACCUACCUCUUCAUUAUCAUCAUCAGCACCAUCUGCGUCAAUGCAGUCCAGCAGCCCUAGCAGGUAG